UUCUGUUCCUAUGUCCCUCACUGUCUCCACUCUCAUUUCUAGCUGUCUUCUAUUCUCCAUUUUUCCUCUUUCCCACUGCGCACCAAACUCAAAACAAAUGGAAACAGAGUAGUGUUUUCAAUACAAAGAAAUGCCAAAAAAAGAAAAUGGAAGAAGAUUGAUUUGUAUUCGUUGGCUCUGAAUUCUAAGAAAGUGGUUUCACUGAAAGCUCAAAUUUGUCUUUCUUUCUUUCUUUCUUUCUUUCUCCCGUUGCCAUUGGAGAUGACUUCCCUCAGAGAACUUCUCACAGAAGAAGGCUUCUACCAAACAACUUCAAACCUCAACCCUUUGAAGCCAAAAUUCAAAUUCUCACCGCAAACACCAGAGAUAAUAAUAAACUCACUCCCUCUACACAUAUGCAACGAUCGAAAAAGCCUUGAUUGUUCCAACAACAACUCCACGAUACCAAGUGGGUCUUGGUCUUUUCAAUCCAACUCUCAAAGGGUUGGUUCACUUUCUGAAAUUUGGAAGAAUUCCAAAUCAUUGUUUUCACCGGGUUCAAGAACAGUGGGACCUCCCAUGAAUGAAGUAGCCACCAGAGCAGUGGUUUCUAUCCUCAGUGGCUACAUUGGAAGAUUUGUGAAAGAUGAUCAUUUCAGGAAAAUAGUGAGAGACAAGUGCAGUUCUUACUUGAUCAGAAGGAGAAACGGUUCUGGGUCAGAAGAAGAGGUUCUGGUAAACAUGAAACUGGCCAUGGAGAAUAUUGACAAGUUGGUGCAGGAUCAAGGGACAAGGAAAGAGAUAAAGAUGGAAAGCUUAAGGAACUCCAUUGAGCUUUUGACCAUAGUUUCUUCAUUGAAUAGUAAAAGUAAAACACCAAGGGAAGCUGGUUCAACUUGUGGAAUACCCAAUUCCCAUAUCUCUGCUUGUGCUCAGCUCUACUUGGCAAUAGUUUACAAGCUUCAGAAGAACAACAGGAUUUGUUCUAGGCACCUGCUGCAAGUGUUUUCUGAUUCUCCAUUUUUGGCUAGGACUUACUUGCUUCCUGACCUUUGGGAGCACGUGUUCCUUCCUCAUCUUCUCCAUCUUAAAAUUUGGUAUGCUGAGGAACUCGAUGCACUUUCGGCUUCGACUGAAUGUCAGGAUGUGAAGGAGAACACAAUGAGGACUUUGAGCAAAGAGUAUGGGAAAAAAGUGGACACAGGAACUGCUUUGUUUGCUUUGUAUUACAAGCAGUGGCUUAAAGUUGGGGCAAACGAGCCUCCUCUUCCCGUUGUUCCAUUGCCAUCAAGACCAAGUCGAGGAUCAUCAAGAAAAAUGUCUUCAGAUUCUUUUGUUUUGAGUUCUUCAAUCAACAAAAACUUAUACAAGGAAGUAUUUGGCCCCAAACUAGAGCUGAAAUCUACCACCCUGGCUGAUCAAAAUGGAUUGCUGACAAUCAAAUGGGGCUCAGGGAAUGAUGAAAAUUUGUAUGGAGAUGACUACAACCGCAGUUCACUUCAGAAACAAGACACUGUAUUCCUUGGAAAAUCUUCAAGGACAAUUGACGAUAGUUAUGCCGAAUUAAAGCAAGGGUCACAGAGAUUGGACUAUUUUCAGUGCUUUUCUUGUAGGAGUAUGCAAGCAGAAAGCUUGGUGAGCAGCAACUACGCAUCCUGCAAUGCUUCAUUUAGAAACGAAGCAACUGUUCUUUCAAGCGAAUUUGUUGGAGCUAUCACAACUAUAUGUUCAUCAGAUACUCUCAGUGAAUGUGAAUUUGCAAUUCGUGUGAUUGCCAAAGCUUGGUUGAACUCUCAUGUUGACCCUCUAAUUGAAGAAGCAGUGUCACAAUCUAGUGUAGUUGAGGCUAUCCUGGAGGUACUGUUUGCCUCAAGUAUAGAUGAAAUUCUAGAAUUGGCUAUAUCAGUUUUAGCAGAACUAGUAGGGAGGAAUGAUGCAAUUAGAGAAAUUAUACUGAGCUGGGAUCCACUACUAGAUAUCUUUGUGAGACUUUUAAGAAAAACUGGCCUGUUCCUAAAAGCUGCUGUUCUGCUUUAUCUGUUAAAGCCACAGGCAAAACAGAUGUUAUCACCAGAAUGGGUGUCUCUUGUACUUCGAGUGUUAGAAUUUGGAGACAAAGUUCUAACCCUCUUCACAGUUCAAUGCUGUCCUCAAGAGGCUGCAAUUUACUUUAUGGACCAACUUCUUACUGGUUUUGAUGAAGUUAAGAAUUUAGAGAAUGCUAGGCUGGUUGUUUCUCUUGGGGGAUUGCCCUUUCUCAUGAAAAGAAUUGAAGAAGGAGAGGUUCACCAAAGAAACAAAGCUGUUUUUAUUAUUUAUAGUUGCAUUUAUGCUGAAGGAAGCUGCCGGAGUUUUCUAUCUGACAAUAUAAAGAAGAGUUCUUUGCUAGAACUCAUUGUUCUCAGUAACAGUAAAAGUUGCAGUGGAUGUGCCUUUGCUGUGCUAGCUGAGUUGCUCUAUCUUGAAAGAACCACCAAGAUUUUAAAAUUCUUAAGGGGACUUAAAGAUGGAUGGGGUGGCCUAAACACAAUGCACAUUCUGUUCAUCUAUCUUCAGAGGGCUCCACCAGAACAACGUCCUCUGGUUGCAGCAGUAUUAUUGAUGCUUGAUAUUAUGGAAGAUCCUUUCAAAGAGAGCUUUUAUAGAGCAGAAGCAAUUGACGCAAUUGUGGUUGCUUUAGAUUGUCAAGUGUGUAAUGAUAUAACACAAGAACAAUCAGCAAGAGCUUUACUCUUGUUAGCAGGAAACUUUACUUAUACAGGAGAAUCAUUAAUGGAGAGAACAUUUUUACACAAAGCUGGCUUUCAAGAAAAUUGCAUGGAAGGUUCCUCUUAUGGCAGGGAAAUUGUUGUUUAUGAUUCAGCUCACAAGAGUGAAGAGGACAAUGAAGCUGAAACAUGGCGAAGAACAACAGCAUGUGUCUUGUUCCAAAGUGGAAACAAGAAUUUACUAAAGGCACUUUCAGAUUCUUUAACCAAUGGAGUCCCAAGUUUAGCACGAGCUAGCCUUGUAACAAUUUCUUGGAUGAGUAGCUACCUUCACUUAGUUGAUGACAGAAAGUUCCCACCAUUGGCAUUCUCAAUCCUCACGCCACUGCUGCUAAAAUCAUUGAAUUAUGAUAAAGAGGUUGAGGCAAGAGUUUUGGCUUCAUAUUCAUUGCUAUGCCUUGUAAAAAAUUCAGCAGGAUGUGUCUCUUUCCUAGCAUCAGUGGAUAAAGAUUCAAUAAAAAAUCUUCAAAAUCUCUCUCUUGUUACGUGGACUGCGAAUGAGCUAAUUGCAAUCAUCUCGAAAAGCAGCUUGCAGUACAAAAGAAUGAAAAACAAAGCUCAUUUUUGAACUGUUGGUGUGUUCUUUGUUCAUUCGCGUGAUUGUAAUUAACCAGCACCAUCCUUGAGUUUGCAUAGCUGAUUAGUUUGAGUGGAAAUGUUACUGCCAAAAGUCUACUUUGUUUCAUUUUAUGAUAGCUUAUGAUCUCACAACCUGAAAAGCUUGUUCAGCCAAAGAAAGAAACAACUAACACGGGGAAAACAGUAAAAUAGUCUUGCGUGCUAAAUCAUAUCCAACACAAGAAGUUACCCAUUGAUUAUGGUAUUAUGUUUUCGUUCCAAGAUUA